CCUCUGCCCUUAAGGGGCUCACUGAAUAUUCCAGUUAGGAGAGAGUAAACAAGAUAAUAUGUGGUUGGUUAGAAGGCAGUAAGUGCUGGAGAGGAUAAAGACAGGAAAUGCUAAGGAUGGCAAUUUCCGGGAGAAGGUAACAGCUGAGUAAACACCUUAAACAUCGUCUCUGAGGGAAGAGCAUUUGAGGCAGAGGGAACAGCUGGUGCAAAGGCCCUGCGGUAGGAGCACGCCCGGUGUGGGUGAGGAAGAGCCUGAAGGUCUGAGGGGCUGAAGGGGACUGAGGGAUAUGGAGUGGAUGCGCUCGGUUGGAGACGGAAUAACGGAGUGUCAUGGGCCUUCAGCUGGAGGGAGACGGGAGCCAUGAUGAAGUUCUGGACACAGGCAGGGGUAACCUGCUUUAGGGGGGCACAGCUUCCUUCAGCUGCAUGUGGGGGACAAACUCUAGGGGAUGGAAAGGGAGAGCAGCCAGGAGUCCCCCACACUAGUCCAGGCUGAUGCUGCUGGCUUGUGGGAGUCACUUUCACAGCAGUGGACUGAGCUUGGCACAGACAGGAACCUCGGGCAAUUUGCUCAGUCGCUGUACCCAGUGCACAGAUAAGAGGCGCCUUCCUUUAAUAUUUGUUAAGUGACUUAGGGCUGCCAUGUCAGGAUGUUUUACUGCAUCAGGCCUUGUGCUGGACACUUAAACCGAAGGUUGUACAUUCCACAGACAACCUUAUCAACUGCAUUUUGAAAUCAUCCUGACUUUUAUGGUCGAGGAAAGUGAGGCUCAGAGGGGCUGCUUCCGGGCAGGAGAAUGAGAAUCUGUCUUCAGCUGCCCGACUUUAGAGGGCGUCGAGAGGACGGAGCCGGCCUGCGGGGCACUCACCUUGUGCACCUGCCCAGGCGAGGCGGGCUCAGUGCACACGUGCCCAGGCGCAUUUAAAGCACCGGAUGGGCGUCUCUUCUCCCAGCUGCAAGCGGUUAAUGCUUAGCCUCACCUGCGACGCCCUUCUGGAGGAUGCUGAGUCCCACUGCCUCCCUCGAUGCAGAGCCUCCGAGCGUGCCAGUCCCCAACAGCUUCCCCGCGGGCCCCAGUGUCUCCCCAAGAUGCCUGGAGAGGCUGCCGGGGCUCGAGGAGGCGCUGAGCGCGCUGGGGCUGCAGGGAGAACGCGAGUACGCCGGGGACAUUUUCGCCGAAGUCAUGGUGUGCCGCGUGCUGCCCAGGAGAGCCCUGCCCCGAGCUGUGACCCUGGAGAUGCGCGCCCUGGUGGUAGAUUGGCUGGUCCAGGUGCAUGAGUACCUGGGUCUGGCUGGUGACACACUUUACCUGGCGGUGCACCUGCUUGAUUCCUACCUGAGCGCCAGCCGCGUGCGCUCACAUCGCCUGCAGCUGCUGGGCGUGGCCUGCCUGUUUGUGGCGUGCAAAAUGGAAGAAUGCGUGCUUCCCGAGCCCACCUGCCUCUGCCUCCUGGGUGCGGACUCCUUCUCGCGGGCGGAGCUGCUGCGCGCGGAGCGCCGCAUCCUGAGCCGCCUGGAUUUCCGGCUGCACCACCCGGGCCCGCUGCUGUGUCUCGGGCUGCUGGCCACGCUGGCAGGGAGCAGCCCCCAGGUGAUGCUACUUGCCACCUACUUCCUGGAGUUGUCUCUGCUGGAGGCUGAGGCGGUGGGAUGGGAACCGGGUCGUCGCGCGGCUGCGGCUCUGAGCCUGGCGCACCGCUUGCUCGACGGCGCGGGCUCCAGGCUCGAGCCGGAACUUUACAGCUCCGAGGAACUGGGCCCCCUCGAGCCGUGCAUGGCCCGCGCUGCGCUCCGAGGUCCCGCGCCGGGCCGCGCCGCCGUCUUCUUCAAGUACGCGCGGCCCCAGCGCCAGGGCACCAGCCUCACCGCUGCCUGCCUGCUCCGCCGCCUCCACCCGAGCCUCCCUGAGCGCUGAGACUCAGUUAUGAAAACAAAAAAGCAACCUCCCAGUGUGUGUUCGUCUCUCAUCUCAAUAAAACGGAGUUUUGCUCUUGUUGCCCAGGCUGG